AUGGAUGUAACUUCACAGCCAAGAACAAGCUUAGAGAAGCUCGAGAACCGGGAGCCGGAUCGCAACGUCCCCAGCCAAGAUGGGGCGAUGGAAGUCUAUCCCAACGGCCCGAGCCUUGCAGCUAUCACCAUUGGUCUCUUCCUCGCCAUUCUAUGUUUUGGACUGGACCGAUCAAUCUUGGCGACCGCGAUUCCCAAAAUAACCUCCGACUUCAACUCGCUGAAGGACGUGGCUUGGUACGGCUCCGCCUACCUCUUCACGCAAUGUUCCUUUCAGCUCUUGUUCGGCAAGCUCUAUGCCGAGUACAACAUCAAGUGGAUCUUUCUGGCCGGCCUCGGCAUCUUUGAAGCGGGGUCGGUGGUGUGUGCGGCCGCUCCCAGCUCCGUGGUCCUGAUCAUCGGGCGCGCCGUUUCCGGGGCGGGUGCGGCCGGACUGAUGACAGGUGCUCUCAUUAUCAUUACGAAGAGCGUGCCUCUGCAUAAGCGUCCUACCUAUACUGCCGCCAUCGGCGCCGCUGCCGGAGUAUCUCAAGUCAUUGCUCCCACUCUUGGAGGAGUCUUUGUCGAUAAGGCGACAUGGAGAUGGUGUUUUUGGAUCAACUUGCCCUUAGGAGGCGUGACUUUCCUUGUCAUUCUGCUGUUCUUCAAGCUGCCAGAUCAAGCGAAGAAACAACCGAAGGGUUUCAAGGAGUUCCUCGACAACUUUGACCUAAUUGGGACGCUUCUUUUAAUCCCCUGGGUUAUCUGCCUCCUGCUUGCCUUGCAAUGGGGCGGCUCUGAAUACGCAUGGAGCAACUGGCGCAUCGUCCUAUGCUGGUGCAUCUUCGCGAUUUGCUUCAUCUUAUGGGGCUUCAUUCAGUAUCGCGAAGGGGACAAGGCGACAGUACCUCUUCGCAUCAUGUCUCAACGAACCAUGAUCGGCGCAUGUUGGAUGAUAUUACUGUUAUUCUCAUUGCUUUUCAUCGACGUCUACUACAUCCCGAUCUGGUUGCAGGCUGUCAAAGGACACUCGGCUUAUCAAAGCGGUGUCGACUUACUCGCGUCAUCGGCGUCAAUGUCCGUCGCAACGAUCGUGUCCGGGGUUAUGACAAGUCAGAUCGGGUACUACGUCCCUCAGCUCAUCGCAUCAUCUGUCAUCUCCUCAAUAGCCGGGGGCUUGAUCUACUCUUUCACGCCGGACACUAACACGGCGUUCUGGGCUGCCUCACUCGUCCUAAUGGGAUUGGGCGUGGGUUUGGGGGGCCAGCAGUGCAUCAUAGCCGCCCAAACGGUCUUCGAGGGGCGCGACAUUGCGCUCGCUACUUCGCUCUUGGUGUUCUUGCAGACCCUGGGCGGCACCGUGUUCCUGGCCGUCGCACAAAACAUCUUCAGCUCACGACUCGUCUCCGAACUCCGCCGAAACGUCCCCAACGUGAACCCGGCGGUGGUCAUCGAAGCGGGGGCAUCGGGGCUCGCGGACUCCAUGCGCAAGAUCUAUCCGGAUUCGGUGGACGGCAUCAUCGGCGCAUACAACAGGGCACUCCAAAACGUGUUUCUCGUCGCCACCGUUCUCGGGUGUUUGACAGUGCUCGGCAUCGCCUUUAUUGAGUGGAAGAGCGUCAAGAAGAGCAUGCCGAAGACGGAAGAACAGGGCAAGGUAGACGGAAAUACGGAGAAAUAG